AUGGCGGAGGUUAGGCUAUCUUCCGAGACCCGGGACCUGACCCGAGUAGAGCGCAUAGGUGCUCACUCCCACAUCCGGGGCCUCGGCCUCGACUCCGCUCUCGAGGCCCGGGCUGUCUCCGAAGGCAUGGUGGGCCAAACCUCCGCCCGCAAAGCCGCCGGCGUCAUCCUCCAGAUGAUCAAGGACGGGAAAAUCGCCGGAAGAGCAGUCCUCAUCGCCGGCCAGCCGGGGACGGGGAAAACAGCAAUCGCAAUGGGGAUGGCGAAAUCCCUAGGUCUCGAGACCCCAUUUGCCAUGAUUUCCGGCAGCGAAAUCUUCUCCCUCGAGAUGUCCAAGACAGAAGCCCUGAUGCAAGCCCUACGGAAAGCGAUUGGGGUGAGAAUCAAGGAGGAGACGGAGAUUAUAGAGGGCGAAGUGGUUGAAGUUCAAAUUGACAGGCCUGCGGUGGCCGGAGCGGCGUCCAAGACCGGGAAGUUGACACUGAAGACGACGGAGAUGGAGACUGUGUAUGACCUGGGGGCGAAGAUGAUUGAGGCGCUAGGGAAGGAGAAAGUGCAGAGUGGGGAUGUUAUCGCCAUUGAUAAAGCGUCUGGGAAAAUCACCAAGCUUGGGAGGUCCUUCGCCAGGUCGAGAGACUAUGAUGCUAUGGGGCCGCAGGUGAAGUUUGUUCAGUGCCCCGAUGGCGAGCUUCAGAAGAGGAAAGAGGUUGUGCAUUGUGUUACCCUCCACGAGAUUGAUGUCAUUAAUAGCAGAACACAGGGAUUUCUAGCGCUGUUCACUGGUGACACUGGCGAAAUUCGUGCUGAGGUCAGGGAGCAAAUCGACACUAAGGUGGCAGAAUGGAGAGAGGAAGGCAAAGCAGAGAUUGUGCCUGGUGUCCUGUUCAUAGAUGAAGUUCACAUGCUCGAUAUCGAGUGCUUCUCUUUCUUAAACCGUGCUCUCGAGAACGAGAUGUCUCCCAUACUAGUUGUUGCCACCAACAGAGGGAUCACUACAAUCAGAGGCACAAAUUAUAAAUCUCCUCAUGGAAUUCCCAUAGAUCUACUCGACCGCCUGCUUAUUAUCACCACCCAACCUUACUCGAAAGAUGAAAUCCGCAAGAUACUGGAUAUUAGGUGCCAAGAAGAAGAAGUAGAUAUGUCUGAGGAAGCAAAGGCACUGCUAACCCAUAUUGGCGGAGAAACAUCGUUAAGAUAUGCCAUCCACCUCAUUACUGCAGCAGCAUUAGCAUGCCUGAAGCGGAAGGGAAAGCUCGUGGAGAGUGAAGACAUCACCAGAGUUUACAAUCUGUUUCUGGACGUGAAGAGAUCAGCACAGUACUUGAUGGAGUAUCAGAAUGAGUACAUGUUCAAUGAAGCGCCGGUAGCAGGUGAAGAAGAUGAUGCCAGUGCAAUGGUACCUUGA